AGACGGACCUACCAUAUCGCCUGGACACUUGAAUUUCUGACCUACCAUAUCGCCUGGACACUUUCAUUUCAGACCUACCAUAUCGCCUGGAAAAUUCAAACAUGCCAAAGUCUGGUAAACCCGAUUCAUUCUGGGCUGGUGUUAUGUCCCUGUACGCCCAGGGAAAAUACAGAUUUUCCACUGGCCAGAGACCCGGAAGCAGACGUUGGAGGGCAGUGAAUGAGAGGAUCCAAAGCUGUCCUCUGACACCGCAGUUUGGGGAAACUGUACGAAAAACCGACGUCUUUGGCAGAAAGAUCCCUUGUGGCUGUGGUUACCAUGAGUCAGGAGAGCCAACUGAGGCAAACCCACCGGCUGCGCAGGGCACCAGCACUGGAGCGGAACACGCACCAAAAGCCAGCGCAGCGUCUAUGCUCCCCCAACAGCACCUGAGAUGGCACCAGUAGUCCAGAGCGGCCCACCACUCCAUUCUGUACCUGCACCUCCUCAAGCAGCACCAGCACUCCUGUAUUCUCCAGAUGUAAGCCGUGCCAGGUUUCUACCAAAGUCUUUCCUCAGGGUGAUCAAGCCAGGUGACCGGGAGUGGAUUGCUCACGUCUUGUAUGAGCCUACUGGGCAGCUGAAGCAGGACAUUCAGGACAAUUGGCACCAUCCCCCAAACCCAACAAGAUCAUCGGCACCAAAUCCCCAUGACUACUUUCGUCAGAGGAUGUUCCUUUGGGCGCCAAUGCGGAUGUGGGGCAUUCCUCUGAAAUGCACCCGAUGCGACCGCAAGAUGCACCGCUCUGGUAUAUAUCCGAAAGUCAGAGAGGUCAUCGACGUGGCAACAAGGUAUUAUCUCAUUGGCGCAGACUACCCAAGGUGCAGCAAGUGCAAAAUACCCAUCUGUCCUUGGAGCAAGGACAUUUUGGAGCAGCUGGACCCAGCUACACGCAAUAGAUUUCCUGCUGUCUUAAGCGCUCACAUGGCACUGGACAGGACGUGUGUGGCCCUUCUUCGUCCCCGAACAGCAGGGAAUAGCUCGAGCUACCUGCAGCAGGCCUUUGAAGAGGCUCACAGUGAGGAAUGGGGGAGGAGGUGCUGUGAGUAUUUCACAGAUUGUGAGAGGGACAAAAAAUCCUGUCUCAAUCCAUCCGAGGACGUCUAUGCACCACCACCACCCUUCUGUCCCCUGCCGCCGGCCCAGUGGUUUGAGGGUGUGUCAAGGUGGAACAUCAGCAGUUCGGCACGAGGUGUUUGGAUGACAGAGCCAUCCAGGACCAAAAUAUAUGAUGUACGUCUAGUGUCUGAUGUGAAUGCACUGAGUGACAGAGUCUUGGGAAGACCUCUUCUUCCAGAGUUUAUUCCACCCGGGAAGCAAACUGGAGAACGUAUUGCAGUGGAAUACCUCCCAGCGCACUCAAACAGAGGAGAUCUCCAGACCCAGCAGGACAUGAGUGAGAUACAGCCAGGCACAUUGGAUGCAGUCGUGGACGAGGAAAGCACAGAUACGACUGUGUCAGACGUCACAGACGUUACUUUUCAGGAAUUUAUGUUUGGAAGUGGAGGUCCCAGCCACACAUUUGAGGAGACCGCCAACUCUUCCUGGUCGGUGCAAACUGUAUUGGAGGAGAGUGACACUGCCGCCACAUCUGUCCCGUCCCCAUCUGAGGAGAGCGAGCCCCUCACCCCAGCUUUGGACCCCAGGUGUGAUUCCCCAGGAUUUCCUGGAUGGGAGGCUGUGACUGAGGAACCGCUACCUGAGCCUCGCGCCCUCCCCUCACAGCCAGUACAGCAUGGACAAGCGCCUCUUGAGUUCCUGGAGCCUGAGAAUCGGGAGGGUGAGGCAAGGAUCCGUCAGCGGCGCAGCACCAGAACACCUGCACCACUUCCACAGAGGGCAGGGUUUCCUCCCUCUUCAACUGGUCAGUGGCCCCCAGUGCACUACCAGAGCUGGUCUCCGCUCCCUCAAACACUCCAGGUACAACCCCAUGGCUGGAUCUAUUCCUACCAGCCACCCCCAACCGGUCCUCAGGCUUGGCCCUUCGCACCCCCACCUCACCCUCAAGGCUGGUGGACUUACCCUCUAGGACCCCCACCACACUUCUAUGCUUGGCCAUCAACAUCCCAAGCACCCACACAGGGCUGGCCGUCCACCUACCAACCACCCUCAACAUCCUCCCAGCAACAAUCCUCAGCACCUUCUCCAACCCACCCAAAUGCACUUGACCCCACAAAUCGCCACCGCCAAAGGAGGUUGCAAAAGGCAGCCCUUGAGGAUCAGGAGCGAGAGAGGAGAGGUGAGCCUCCAAGAAAACGUCACUCGAAAGAGCAGUACCACUAUCAGUGCAAGCACUGUGGCAAAGCAAAGACUAAAUCAACCGGCCACUCUCAGGUGCAUGGCAAGUGGUACUGCCCUGCAUCUGGACAGACCUUUGAAGAGUGGAAAGACUCUUUGUAAUUGUAUUUGUUGAA